GUGCACUAUAUCGGUUCCAAAACAACAAGAUGAACUAAAAGAUAACAAAGCCAAGAGGAUAAAAAAAAUAAAAGCGUUGAGAUUUCUUUAUAUCCUCUAGAGUAAUCUUCGAACACUUCUUUCCCAUGCACAGUGGUUGUGAAAAAAGGGGGUGCGAAUGAUUGCUUUCAACCGCAGUAACCCCAAAUGACGUCACAACAGUUCCCCGUAAACCGGAAUAUGAACUCUUCGUUUAAAGAAACUGAAGUACACAACUUUUCGAGCAGAAAAUUGCACGUUCUUGGCUUGAGUGAGAACACUUAUCUUAUGUUUGGCGCAGGGUUUCAGGAAGUUGCUGCCCUUCUGGAUUAUAAGACAUAUAAUAUCGCACGUAACCAUGGAGGUUUCCAGGGAGGCAGAAAUAUAUCCGAUUCUGUUUUAAUUCCACCUGUGGUCGGCUUGUCUGAUCUGGCAUACGAAGACCACGAGAUGGGAUCCAUUUACGGACUUAAAGAUACCCUGUAUGCUGAUGAAAUCGCAGAUUAAGUUUUCUCGCCCGUUAGCACGCUUAGUUGAAUUUAUCAGAUGCCUUGAGGAUGCAAGCCUAUUUUAAAACGGUCUCGGCCAAACAGCCUCAGGCAAAUUUGAAAAUGAUCUAUUCAAUACAGGCUUUGUAAGUUUUCUGUUAGCUUAUUUGUGUUAUUAAAGAAUAGCUUUCCCAUACUCGUUGAUUCGAAUCAUAUAUUUCUUUUUAAAUUAUCGUGCAUCGGGACUGUUUGUCGGAAUGAAUUGCAUUCAGUUUGAAGAACCCCAGUCAUGGCUUUGUUUAAGAAAAGGCAGGAAAACCUGAAAUAAUUGUUUUAUUGUUUUGUUUUGUUUUUUUUUUUUAUCAACGAA